AUGGCCUUGGCCCUGAGCCCGCCCCGGGUCCCCAAGCCCAAGAGUGCCCUACCCUCGCACUACUAUGAGAGCUUUCUGGAGAAGAAGGGACCCCGAGAUCGGGAUUACAAGAAGUUCUGGGCAGGUCUUCAGGGCCUGACUCUCUAUUUCUACAACAACAAUCGGGACACUAAGCAUGUGGAGAAGCUAGAUCUAGGAGGCUUUGUGAAGCUCACAGAUGAGGCUCCCUGGGGGAACUCCCAUGACCCUGGCACCCACUUCUGCUUGGUUCUUCGGAACCAGGAGAUCAAGUUCAAGGUAGAGAGCCUGGAGUCUCGGGAGAUGUGGAAAGGCUUCAUCCUGACAGUAGUGGAGCUCCGCGUCCCGUCCAACCUGACGCUGCUGCCAGGACACCUGUACAUGAUGUCCGAGGCCCUGGCCAAAGAGGAGGCCCGCCGUGCGCUCGAGAUGCCAUCGUGCUUCCUGAAAGUGAGCCGACUGGAGGCGCAACUGCUCCUGGAGCGCUACCCCGAGUGCGGGAACCUGCUGCUGCGGCCCAGCGGGGACGGCGCGGGCCGCGUGUCGGUCACCACGCUCCAGACGCUUAAUGGGACGCCGGUGGUCAGGCACUACAAGGUGAAGCGCGAGGGCGCCAAGUACGUAAUCGACGUGGAGGAGCCGUUCUGCUGCACCUCGCUCGAAGCAGUGGUCAACUAUUUCGUGUCGCACACCAAUAAGGCUCUGGUGCCCUUCCUGCUGGAUGAAGACUAUGAGAAAGUGAUAGGCUUCGUGGAGGCGGAUAAAGAGAAUGGCGAGAGUGUGUGGGUGGCGCCCUCGGCGCCCUCGGCCCCCUCCACCCCCGGCCCAGGUCCUGCAACCCCCAAGGGUGGCCCUAAGCAGCUGCCUCCCACAUCCAUCACGCCUGCGCCCAGUCAGGACAAGCUGCCUCCACUACCGGACCAGGAAAACAACUAUGUCAUCCCCAUUGGAGACACCCCAGCUGCCAGCUAUGUGAACGAGGAUGUGCCUUCCCCGAGUCGACCAGUUGUUCCGAAGCCCAGGCGGUUGGCCAAGCUGCAGGCAAAGCUUCCAAAGCCACCUAUUGUGCCCAAGUCAGAGCCCAAAGGCCUCAACAGUGGCCCAGCCAGGAAGCUGGCAGCCAGCUCAGCACAGGCUUUCUCGCCCACCACAGGGCUGGCAGAUGUGACAGCAGAACUGGAGGAGAAACUGCAGAGGAGGCGGGCACUGGAGCAGGCAGCUGAGCACGUGGCAGACCAGCAGGUCCGUCUCCAAGCACCACACACCAGUCAGGCGGAUCCCUCCUCCCAGAAUUAA